AUAAAAAAUUAAAUAUUAGGGACGGUGUUAAUGAAAUCGUCAAGAAUAUUUUCCCAAAGUUUCUUCCUUUCCCGCACUUCAUUCCCUUUUUUUCUCUCAGCAUCUAAUAUAAUAUUCUCAAGCCCUAGUUCCCUUCCUCCCCGCGCCUUCAUCCCUGAUUUUUCCGCAAGCUGUAUCACAUUGUCUGUGGGUUUUUCCUUCUUGACAACAUUCUUCAUUUCACAGAGAGAGCACGAUUGAUCAAGAAACUUGCAAAGAUCAAGGAAGAUCAAGGGCAUAUAGCUGAAGCUCUUGAUUUGAUGCAAGAAAUUGGGGUUGAAACUUUUGGUGCCGUGGCCAAGAUCGAGAAGAUUGCAUUCAGCCUUGAACAAUCGAUCUCACAGGAUUUUGAAAAAGAGACUGCUAUGGCUGAAGAACUCAGUGAAGAACUCAUACUGGAAAUUCUAUCAUGGCUUCCUGUGACGAGUCUCAUCAGAUUCAGGUGCGUUUCAAAGACAUGGAAAUUUCUUAUAUCCAAUCCUUAUUUGGUGAAAAUGCACCUUGAGAGGUCUGCCAGAAACCCAGAAUUCCUCCUCUCACUGGUGACACAUAGAUGCAAGAGGAAACUUUUCUUGCCUGGUAUAGGAUCUUCACCUUUCAUAGCUCGUUUUGGCUCUUUACCAUUUUUAAUCCAAAACCCUGCACCCUCUCUUGAUCGUAUCUUUCGAUGCCCCGAACACUAUAAUUGUGUAAUCGGUUCUUGCAAUGGUUUGCUUUCUCUACAUGACUCUCUUUACACAAAAGAGUACGAAGAGCAUUGGGUGUUCUUUUGGAACCCUGCAACCAAAAUUUGCUCCAGACCUUCACCAAGAUUGCGUCUCAAUUUCGGCUUUGUUUUACCAGAUGGUGUAGAAGCUGGUGUUCUCUAUUCUGUGCAUUUUGGGUUUGUGUACGAUGAUUGGAGGGACAGUUACAAGGUGCUGGCAAUGGUUAGUGAUCCGAGUACAUAUCAAACGAGUGUGUGGGUUUACAGCAUGAAUAACAUAUGUUGGAGACGUUCUUCAAUGAUCUCUAUGGGUUUUAGCACUUUAGACCAUAAUGGAUGCUUUGUGAAUGGCACUGUUAACUGGAUAGGAUAUCCUUGCUUUGUGAAUGGCACUGUUAACUGGAAAGGAUAUCCUUGCAAAGGAGAAUGGAACCACGAACAAAAAAUAUUAUCAUAUGAUCUAAAUAACGAUACUUGCAUAUGUUUGUCGCUGCCUAAACUCGUCCCCUAUGAUCGUGGUUAUGCUAGUAUGAGUGUUUCGAAUGGUUAUCUUUGUAUUUUUGUAACGAUGUUAGCAGGCUUGGUUGUAUUGGCAUCGAAGGACGUUCGAGACGAAACAUCUUGGAGUCGGUUGAUAAGUAAGUUGCAUAAACGACCAGGACUUCAAGAGCAACACUUCCAAUCGAUCAAAUUCUGUUUCCUUCAACUGGUUGUUCUAGCAAUUCCUAGUGGUGCAAGAGAGCGGGUAGGGUUCUGUUUCACUGUGCAACUGCAUAGAGUAGCUGAUGAUGUACCCUUGGAGCAAGCGUUGGAGAAUAAAGAAGACACAUUCCUCACUACUUAGAUCUUCUACUAGUUCUUAUUUUUAGAUAACUCUUUAUUUUGAAAGACUUUUAGCUUUUAUUUUGAGAGACUUAUGUAUUUUGAUACGCUCUUAGUCAUAAACUGUAAAACUUUAAAUUCCCAGCCAUAUGUUUGGAUCACUCUAUGCUUAAUAUUGUUAUCUCAUAUUCUAACUUCUUUCACAUAUUAUAAUAGUU